GCAGCCGUGUCAAUGAUACGGGGCCCCCAGGCUACAGGGGUCCCCUACAUGUAUACGCAACAAUUUGUAAAAUGAUAUCGACACUCAUAUAAUGGAUGGGGAUGGCCCAGGACAGAGAUGGUUGGCCAGGACAGAGACGGAAGGAGGCCUAUGCCCAGCAGUGGGUCACGGAGGGCUGCAGAUGAUGAUGAUAUAAUCUCGUUCUACCCGGGAAAAAAAUAUAUAAAAUAUAGUUUCAUACUAUAGUUUUCACUACAAAAAAUGACAAUAAUUCUGUUGUUUCUUGGGGCGUGUGCUCAAAAGUUAGCAACAUCCUACAUCGGUUUUUGCGGGAUUCCUCCGUUUAACUCAAUCGCGGAAAUCCCGCAACAACCCAUGAUGUACAAUGACAAACCACGUCGAGCAAUGUUUUGUUAAAGUUGAUGAGAAGAAAUCUUUUUACUCUUCAUUUGGGCCCCACAUCUAUUUUUGACACAGGGUCAUCAAAGGCACGCUACGCCACUGAGUGGUCUGGGUUGUAGGCUCAGCAUCAGUCAGUUCAGUUCCUAUCCUACUUCAUCCACCAAAGGUUAUAAAGAUAUAUAAGUAACUAUUAAGUGGAAUCAUGUGUAAAUUAAACGUUUGCUAUUUUAUCACGUUAAUAUUAAUAAUAAAUUUAGCUGAUGCAACCAAGAACUGCAACCGAGUUGAGGAACUGAAGAAAUGCUCCAGAUCCCCAGAUACCCCAAUUGCACUCACACAGGAAGAGCUCAACAAAAGUUGUGUAGACCUCCAUACCAGUAUCGACUGCAUAGAAAACUACAUUCAAGUAUGUUUGGAAAAAUAUGAACAGAUUAUUGUUAGGAGGAUACAGUCCGGUGUAACUGAGGUGGUCCACGAUCUCUGCACCAGGGGGUCUUACCAGGACGAGUACCUGCGCCAUGCCAGUUGUAUCAAGUCUGUGAGGGCCGAGUAUGGAACCUGUAGUAAGACAUACGAAGAUACCGUGUCGUCGUUCGACCAGCAACAGAAAACUGACCAAAGUAACGAAGAUAGCGUGAAGACCAUCUGCUGUUCAUACCAAAAGUACCUGACGUGUUCUGAGCAAAUCGUGCAAAAGACGUGUGGUGACGAGGCCGCUGUCUUCAUCAAGGGAUUCCUCAAUAGGAUGUCAUCUAAAAUGUUUACGGAAACCUGCCAGCAACAUCCGAACCAAGGAUGUUCAUCAGACAGCAAAGUUGUACACUCCAACGUGAAUGUAACCACUAAUGCUAAUUUAUUUAGCGCUAAAUUACAUGUUUUGAUUUAAUU